AUGUGGAGAUCUCGGCGGAAAUUUAGCCGUGAUAAUGAUAGCAUUGAUGGUUCAAUCCGUAGAUCGUCUUCAAAUCUCAACUUCAUUCAUCGAUCCUUCAAAGACGUUGAGAAGCUGUUCGCUGAUGAUGGUAGUAAUGGUUUCAACAAAACCCUAGAUCAAUGCUCAACCACCGCCAAUGCCACCGCCACAGCCAGAAGACUCUCGAUCUUCCACCGAGUUCACCUUGCAACUAAAUUUGCGCGCGCUUUCUCCACUAGACAGAUCACGAAUCCGGAGAAAUCUCCACCGGAAUCAAAUACUGCGCCGGCGGAGGUAAAAUUGGGAAAAUCUGACCGCGUGAUUUCCAUUCCGGGAGCGGAAAAGCGAGUGGUGGUAUACAUGACGAGCCUCCGUGUGGUCCGGCCGACGUUCGAGGCUUGCCGCACCGUUCAAUCGAUCUUACGAGGGUUCCGUGUCUCGAUUGACGAGCGUGAUUUGUCGAUGGACUCCCGGUUCCUCGACGAGUUACAAAACAUCAUGGCGGAAGGCGGUGAGGACGAGUUUGAAAAGACCAAACUAACCCUACCUAGGGUUUUCAUCGGCGGUAGGUAUGUCGGAGGUGCAGAGGAGGUGAGGCAGCUGCACGAGACCGGCGAGCUAAAGAAGUUCGUGGAGGGUUUGCCGGCGGUUACUCCCGGCGUAUGCGAGUUUUGCGGCGACUUCAGAUUUAUCCUCUGCGACGAGUGCAGCGGAAGCCACAAGUGCUACACUGAUAAAGGUGGCUUUAGGAGUUGUACUUUGUGCAAUGAGAAUGGUUUGAUCAGGUGCACAUCUUGUUUGGGCCGUUAG